AUGAGUAAUUACUCCGAGACCCUCUCCGCACUAGCAUCGCAGCUUUCGCAGCUGGCGACUUCGACCUCUAGCGAUGUUGAGAAGAACAGCACCGCUGUCGACAUUGCACAAAAGAUCCUUGUAGCAACUCGAGGACCGACGCCAGACUGGAUGGACUGGAUGAUCAGUGUUUUGGAAUUAAUUGGGCUGAAAAUAUUCCUCGACUGGAAGGCCCUGGAAAUGAUCCCGCUGGAGGGCUCUAUUGAAUAUGCUGAUCUGGCUGGGAAGGUGGCAGCGGACGAGCCUCUCGUUAGACGGCUCGCCUGGGUUCUUGUCUCUGGUGGGAUACUGCAUCAGAUUGACGAGGACAAGAUUGCGCAUACAGAAAAGUCGCGCCAGUAUCUUCCUGGGAUGCCCAACGAAAUCUUACUUCACAUGAUGUUCGAGGAGCACGUGGUCACAGCCCUGAAGCUUCCAGAGUACUUUGAACAAUAUGGCCGCCGGGAGCCGGCUACUCGCCGUCACACGCCCUAUGCCUUUGCUCAUGGUCAACCUGAAAAGGAAGUUUGGGAGAUCCACCAAGAGAACCCUGAGCAGGUGAAAAGAUUCAUGAAAGGAAUGGAGAUGGUGCAGCAAUUCAUUCCUUUGGCGGGUAUCUACGACUUUAGCUGGGUGGAGGCGAAGCUCUCCGAGCAGCACGACAGACCGAUUCUUGUAGAUGUGGGCGGUAGCAAGGGCCAUGUCAUCAAGGCGAUCAUGAAGGAAAACCGUUUCUUACCAGCCGAUCGCAUCAUUCUCCAAGACAGAGAUGAGGUGAUUGAACAAGUUGCCAAACUCAAAGAUCCGGAGCUUGAGGGAGUACAAUUGCAAGUACACGAUUUCCAUAAAGCGCAACCCGUCAAAAACGCAUUGAUUUAUUGGAUCCGGCGUUGUCUGCACGACUACGGAGACGAUGACUGCGCCAUGAUGCUCACCCACUUAUCGGAUGCUAUGAGUUCGGACAGCAAGGUACUAGUCGUCGAAUACGUCCUCCCAAACCCUCCUCCGCCUAUUGGCGCCAUGACCGAUUUCAGCAUGCUUGGAAUCGGAGGAAAGGAACGAACUGCCACCGACUGGGAACUGCUCAUAGCUAGGUCUGGGCUGAAGAUCCAGGAGAUUCAUGGCUUGGACAUGAAGAUGCAGGUCAUUGAAUGUGUCAAAGCCUGA